AUGGACAGAGUUAACAAAUUUUCCAGGGCGAGAUCCAUGCGAGACUACUGGACUCACCUUCGAGACAUGCCUCGAGCACGAGGUCUCGACGAGUACCGAGAGGGGGGAAACUGUACCUUCUUGGCCCUGGCCAUACAGGCUCGACUCACCAAGUAUGUCAAGACAAAACUAGACGCCGAACCAGGCACUCUGAAAAGCAAGUCGGGAAGGCCUUUACUGGAUUAUGCUCUCCGCCCAAGAAGGGUCACUCCCAUGACGAUGUCGUCCCACUCGGUAAGAGAUAAGUGUGGAAUUGACAUCGAAAUGGUUCAAUCACUCUUGGACAGAGGCGCAAAUCCGAACCAGCAAGUUCAUCUCAACGAAGGGAGGACUGUAUGGGCGCUCUUCUUGGUGUCCUGCUAUGAAUCAGCCCUCAGGAACGAGGCUACCAAGUUGUUGAAGGAAGUAUGGUUCCGUGUUUGCAAGUUGAUGAUACGGUAUCAUGCAAGCUCUACGGCUUGGUUUAGCAACAAUACAAGCCAGCCACUGACUGUAGAGGGCAUACUCGGGGUGUUAUAG